AAAAUGAAUUUUGAUUGGAUGCUUGGAUUGGACAGUAUAACAGGGCUAAUCGUGGUUCUACUAAUAAUUCUGGUGGUGAUUCGGUUACUGCAGACUCCGUCCGGAGUCCCUCCCGGUCCAACUGGGUAUCCAGUGGUAGGAUGUAUUCCACUGAUGUGGAAGGGGAACGUGCUGGAGACGUUCCGAAGACUCCGAGGAAAGUAUGGCGAUGUUUACAGUAUUCAGCUGGGAUCAACCUUUACUGUCGUUAUCAAUGGUGUUGAAGCGCUUACCGAAGCAUUUGUGAAAAAUGCAGAUUACUUUUCUGACAGACCCGAUAACAAUGCUGUUCCGCAUCUCUUACGUGGAAAAGGAAUUGGAGCGUCGUCUGGAGAGCAUUGGAAACAAACUCGGACUUUUUCACUGAUGACUCUUCGGGGUUUUGGGUUUGGCAGAAAAAUCUUGGAAACCAAGGUGAAGGAAGAGGUUACUGCCUACUUGGAAGUCCUUGAGGAACAGAAGGGGCAAGCUUACGAUGCUAAGGAUCUAACCCGAAUAGCAGUCUCGAAUAUAAUAUGUAGCAUUGCUUUUGGUAACAGGUAUGAAUACACCGAUAAAAAGUUCAAACACUUGACUGCUCUUUUGAAUGAGAAUUUCAGAUUGAAUUCUGUUGCCGGGGCAAUACGACAAUUGCCAUGGUUACGUUUCCUGCCGGGAGAUGCAUUCAACAUUAAGAAGUUUCAUAGGAAUGGUGAUCAAAUAAAGGAAUUCGCAAACGAUCAGAUAGCUGAACAUCGAGCAACGUAUGACGAAAAUAAUCCUCGAGAUUUUAUUGAUGCCUUUCUGCAACAACAGAGAAAAACGGACCGGAACCAUCCUAUUUUUGAGGACAACAACCUAGCAGCCUCCAUUAAGGACUUAUUUUCAGCAGGCACUGAAACAACUUCCGCCAUGAUUAGAUGGUCAAUACUUUACCUUCUACAUAACAAAGACAUCCAGGAUAAACUUCGACAGGAGAUAGAAACAGUUGUCGGGACCUCCAGACUUCCGUCUCUCGACGAUAAACCCGCCAUGCCGUAUUAUGAGGCAUUCAUUAUGGAAGUCCUUCGGAUGGGAAACAUUGCACCUCUGUCUGUGGGUCAUGGGGCUAGGACGGACAUCCGAUUUAGGGGGAUGGUCAUUCCAAAAGGCUCAGUCAUAAUUCCAAAUCUCGAUUCGGUCAUGAGCGAUCCGACUUUGUUUGAGGAUCCUCUGCAAUUCAACCCAGAGAGAUUUCUUGGAAAAGACGGAAAUGUCGUCGGCAAAAAAACAAUGGCUAUGGCUUUCUCAUUAGGACGGCGAAUGUGCCUUGGACAAUCUUUAGCGAAGAUAGAGAUGUUCUUGUUCAUUACAGCAUUAAUACAAAGGUUUGAGUUUCUACCGGAAAACCCGGACAAACUGCCAUCACUUGAAGGCAUCGUUGGAUUAUCAAGGACCCCAGCAGCCUAUAAAUUCCGUGCUGUAUAUCGCCACUAAAUGACGAGUCAAAACAGAAUUCCGGAUAAUAUUGAAUGAAUCCGAACAAUAUUUUGUAUACAUGUUAUAUCAUAAACAAAAGCGUAAUAUCGCAUCACUCUUUUUUAAUCGGGUGUCCGUAGAGUUUUAAAACAUCUGGCAAUGGUCAGAUCUGUUUGUGUUUAAUAACAAAUUCAGAUUGUGUGUGUGGUCAU